UGACGUGAGCCGGGAGGUUGUUUCUCUUGCCUGGCCUUGUUUCGUGCGGGAUUGACACCCACCGCAAUUACUCAUGCACAUAGCAUGCUAUGGCUCGGGGGGUUAUUCUUAGUGCCUGUCUGCAAAUCAGUCAUGGGGGAAAGGUUGGAGGGUCAAAAAAUAAAGAGGUAACCAGUGAGAGGGGCUGUGUGUGUGUGCGUGUGUGUGUGCAGUGUUUACCGGAGAGGGGAGGUAUUUUAAAACCCAGGAGAGCUCACAUAUUUACCGGGAGGGGGUCGGCCGAAUUUGCCAUUUGGCCGUCGGGAGAAGCACAGGACAGAAGCCGGCACUUCUGCAGGUCUUCCUCUCUCUAUAGAGAGAGAGGGAGCAAGAUAGGGAGAGUGUGUGUGUGUGCAUAUUUUGACUGACACUUGGUCGUGUGACCGUGUUCUUGUAAGAGUGUGUGUAUGUAGGUGACUGCGCGCACACACAUGCAUACGACAAAGCCUUUGAAGAGGCCAGCACAUGCACACAGGCAGCUCAGCUUAGCCCAGCUCAGUUGACUGAGGGACUGAGCCAGGAGUGGAUAGACUAGAGGCAGAGGGGAGAGAAGCAGAAGCACCAGCAGCAGCAGGAGGAGGAGGAGGAGGAGCAGGAUCAGGGGGGCUGUCCCGGGGCUGGCCCCCCGUCUACUACACUCACCCAUCCGCCCGCCCGCCUCCCUGCCUGCCCGCCCGCCCGCCCAACUGCCAGACCGCCUGCUUCUGUGUUUGUGCACCAGUGCAUUCGUCUGUGAGUGUGUGUGAGGGUGUGUGAGCAAAGCCGAGAAGUACAGUACAGUGCAGUCCAGCGCAGCGCAACACAGUGCAGGGAUGAGGGAACAGAGAUUGGAGCUCCACAUAGACUGGGAAGCAGUAGUGGGAAAACUCUGCCCCGGUUACUACUGCUGCUGCUACUGCACGUCCCUGGUCUGAAGCGAGGCGCUGGCUGUCUAUGCUACCACAGGAAUCAACAGAAGGACAACACUGACUUUUUAUUUUUUUACUUCUCCAGCAACUCAAAAGAAGAACUGUCAGCAACACGCCACUGGCUGUGGCUGUGUGAAGCUUUUUUUAGAGUUUUUGUUUUCAUCUGCUUUCUAAGAAGAGAAUCCCGAGUCCCCCCCCCCCUCAACUCGCUGGCUGAGUGACUUUCUGUGUGCAGAAAGGACAGAGGGGGGGUAUAACUACUACUACUUCUCGAUCGCUUCUUCUUUAAAAAGAAAGGAACUUCAGCAAAGUUGGCGGGCUCUCCUUCCCUCAGGACCAGCAGCACGGCCAGUGCCACUGCCACCAUGAGCCGAUGGCUGAAGUGCACCUCCACAUACUUUAACACAGACUGGAACAAGUAUGACGACCGGCUGAUGAAGGCGGUGGAGCGCGGCGAGGUGGACAAGGUGGCUGGCGUGCUGAGCAAGAAAGGAAUCAUCCCCACCAAGCUGGACGUGGAGGGGAGAUCUGCCUUCCACCUCGCCGCGACAAGAGGACACUUGGAUUGUUUAAGCCUCAUCUUGGCCCACAGUGUGGACGUGACGGCCAGCGAUGCCACCGGGAAAAAUGCCCUACAUUUGGCGGCGAGGAACGGGCAGUCGCUAUGUGUGCAGAAGCUAUUACAGCAUAACUGCCCCGUGGGGAACGUGGACCUGCAGGGGCGGUCUGCCUUACACGACGCAGUGAUGGCGGGCUGUGCCUCCAGUGUUAAAUUGCUCUGCGACAGUGGGGCGUCCGUGAACGCCAGUGAUUUUGAUGGGCGGACUCCUCUGGUGCUGGCCACCCAGAUGUGCCACCCCAGGAUCUGUCAGCUGCUGCUGGAGCGAGGAGCCGACAUCACCGUCCGCGACAAACAGAACAAGACGGCGCUUAUCCUGGGUUGUGAGUACGCGUGUAAGGAUGCGGUGGAGGUGCUGCUGCGGAGCGGCGCGGAGGUGACGGCGCAGGACGGCUUCGGCCACGACUGCUACCACUACGCCCGCCUCAGCAAGAACGCAGAGCUGGUCACUCUGGUCAAGGGCUACCUGGAUAAUGCCAACAAAGCAAAAGACACUCUCAGGAUGGAGAUGAAGAAGAGACAGCAAUCGGUGGAGAAGAAUGUCGAGUCAGCAACAAAUGCAAACAAGGAUCAGGUGAUACAUGAGCUGGAGAGACAGAAUGAGAGUCAGCAGGAGUCUCUGAGGAAGUUCCACCAGGAGCAGAGAGCCCUCAUGGACAAGGUUAACAUGCUGCAGCAACAACUCAGCCAGAAGUCUGCCCUGGAGGACGUCCACAUGGAGAGGGAGCAGCUGAAGCGCAUGCUGUCAGCCAAGGAGCGCGAGGACGGAGGAGGAGCGCGGCCUGCCGAGACCGUCAAGGUGCAGAUGAAGAGCCAUGUGGGGGAUUACUCUGGACAAUCUGUUAUCAAAGGACGGGAGAACAUUCUCGUGAGGCAAUCCCACAGUCUGGAUUCCGCUCAGGUCCUACAGUCGGCUGCGCCCUGCCGCUCCGUGACUCGACCGCUGGAGCUGACGCGCGUGCCGUCGGUGACGGGAGAGCCGGAGAGCCUGCGGCGGGAGCUGGAGUCCCUGCGCAGGAAGCAGGAAGUGUCGGAACAGGAAGUGGUCCAGCUGCAGGCGGCGCUGAGCCACAAGAGCCAGGAGUGCGAGGAGCUGGCGCAGAGCCGCGACGCCACCAAGCGCGAGGCAGACCAGCAGGUGCGGCAGCUGGAGGAGGCCCUGGGGGACGUGCAGAAGAGGAUGCUCGACUCCGAAGCCAAGGUGAAACAGCUACAGGCCCACGUGGUGGCGGUUAAGGAACACCUUAGCAACCAGCUGGUGGACGACCUGAAGGCUCAGCUUGGAGACCUCAAGGCCAAGUACGAGGGCGCGUCGGCAGAGGUGGGGCGUGUGCGUAACCACCUGAAGCAGAGCGAGAAGGCCCUGGAGGAGUACAAGAAGAGCGAGGGCCAGCUGGCUGUGGAGGCCGACAGGCUGACGCAGGAGCUCAACAUCCUCAAGGACGAGAGGGAGGACAUGGCCGACACCCUGCUGGACAUGGAGGCCCACGUCAAGGAGGUGGAGGUGCGGCUGGCUGCCAUGGUGCCCGCUGAGAAGUUCGACAACAUGAAGAACCUGCUGACCAAUGCCGUGGACGAGAAGGAGAAACAGCUGGCUGAGCUCAGGGAGGACUACGACCGCGUCCUCGAGGAGGUGGCUGAGCUCCACAGGGAGAUGGACAACCGCAGCGGGCCUGAUGCCAUCAACGUCCCCCUGCAGGAGCACGAGAGGGUGCGGGCCGCCCUCGAGGAGCAGAGCGCCAGCCUCAAGAGGAAGCUGGCCGACGUCACCUCCAAGAGCCAGGCGCUCAUACAGGAGGUGGAGGAGAGCGAGGAGGAGCGCGAGGUGCUGAGGGAGCAGCUGGAGGACCUGCGGGACCAGCUCCAGAGCGAGUACGUGCCCCUGAGCGCCCACGAGGAGGCGCAGGGUGCGCUGGAGCAGGCCGUGGAGGGCCUGAACGCCCGGCUGGCGGAGGCCGAGGAGAGCAGGAGCGCGGUGGAGGAGGAGCUGAGCAGGCUGCGGCAGGAGAAGCUCUCGCUGUGUGAGAACCUCACGCACCUCACCAGCACCCACGUCUCCAGCCAGAGGUUCGAGUCCGAGGUCGGAGAGCUGACCACGCACAAGGCGGCGCUGGAGAAGGAGCUGGAGGAGGUCAGGCAGAGGUACGAGGAGCAAGGGAAGGAGCUGAGGGAAGUCGUGGCUGAGAAGGAGGCGCUGGAGAGGAGGUUGACGGAGAAGGAGACCGAGAAGGAGGACUAUGAGGGACUGAAGGCAGAGCUGGAGGAGUCCAGGAGCCGGAUCUCCACAUUGGAGAAGGACGGCAAGGAGAAAGAGGAGGAGUUGCGGAAGGUGAAAGAGGGAAGCGACAAGUUGAAGGAGGAGCUGGAGAAAGUGCAGACGGCGUUGUCCGCGGACUACACCCCGCUCGGCGAGCACGAGGCGGCCGUCGGGACGCUGAACAGCGCCCUGGCCGCGGCCGAGGAGAAGGCGGCGGAGGCCCUCGCCAAGCAGCAGGCCGCCCAGGAGGAGAACGCCAAGCUGCACCGCGAGAUCCAGGAGCAGAAGACGGAGCUGGACACCAUCCACGAGGCCAUCCAUGUCAAGUUUGUGCCUCUGGCCGCGGUGCAGGAGAAGGAGAGCGGCUUCCAGGCCGCGCUGAAGGACUUGAACGAGCGGCUGACGGACGUGCAAGACAAGUACGAGAAGGAGAAGACGGAGAACGAGCGCAGGAGGUGCGAGACGGAGAGGCUGGAGGCCGAGCUCCAGGAGGCCCUGCAGAAGCUGGCGGCCGACCUGGACGAAGCCGACAGCAACGUGCUGGGAGGAGAGGAGGAGGUGAAAGAGGAGGAGAAGCAAGUGGAGGUCGGGGGGUCUCGAGAGGAGCUGAGCAUGAAGCUGGUGGAUCUGGAGCAGCAGUACAAGGAGGUGACGGUGCAGAGGGCAGAGCUGGAGGAGCAGAACGCCUUGUGUUCCACAGAGAUCCAGGCGCUGCAGCGUCGUCUGGAGGUGGAGUAUGUGCGUCUGGAGCGCUUCGAGGCCAUGCAGCAGGCGCUGACGGAGAGCCUUCAGCAGGCCCAGGAGCAGUGCAUGCAGGCCCAGGCCGCCCAGAAACAGGAGGCCGAGCGCGUGCGACAGCUUGAGAAAGAGCUGCAGAGCAGAGACGCUGAGGCUGAGACCACAUCGGCAGCAGCGGCCACGGCGGAGCAACAGGAGGCGCGCGGGACACUGGAGAAGGAGGUGAGCCAGCUGCGGCUGGCCUUACGCGAGGAGGAGGAGAGUAGUGCCCAGCGCGCCGAGGACGUGGCCGCCCUCCAGACGGAGCUGCUGCGCGCCACCCAGGCCCUGGAGGAGCUGAGGGGCCGCGAGGAGGAGGAGGUGGGCGGCCUCCGCAUGGAGAAACAGAGGCUGGAGGAGGAGGUGCUGGAGCUGGGCGAGCGUCUGUCGGGGCUGGCGGAGCAGUAUGAGGACCUGUACGCGGAGACGGCACAGCGGCGGGACGGCGAGGCCCAGGCCCGGGCCGAGGCCGACACGCUGCAGGCCAAGAGCCAGGCCAUCGAGGGCGAGAUCCGCGAGCUCAAGGGACGCUACGACGACUCGCUGCACACCAUCGGGGAGCUGCAGAAGAGGAUCCAGAGCUCCUCCGACCAGACAGAGGCCAAGGACAAGAGGAUCUCGGAGCUGCUGGCGGACGUGGAGAGGCUGAAGCAGGCGUUGAAUGGCCUGUCCCAGCUGGCCUACGCUGGCAGCGCGCCCAACAAGAGGCUCCAGACCCAGCACAUCGACACUCUCCAGGCCCAAGUCAAAGGCCUGCAGCAACAGCUGGCUGAUGCUGAAAGGCAGCACAGGGAGGUGGUCUCCAUUUACCGAACUCAUCUUCUCAGCGCCGCUCAGGGCCAUAUGGAUGAAGACGUCCAAGCAGCCCUUCUACAGAUCAUCCGCAUGAGGCAGGAAUUUGUUUGCUAGAGAGGGGGAAGAGGAGGAGAGGAGAGGAGAGGAAGAGGAAGAGGAAGAGGAGACGGGUAGAAGAGCCCAGCCCAUCUCAUCAUAGCUCAGC